UCGGAUGUACUGUCAUGGCGGCUGAAGACUCCACUCCCAAGAAAAUAUUAAAUAUUUUGUCAUCUUUUUUACACCAGGAAGAAUACAGCACUGAUUUGAAUUCAUCAGGUGACGGCAGCUUUAUAAAUGAGAAAAGUCCAAUGAAUCUUGGAGCAACACAAUCAAAGGAAGCAUACUUUCAGAGAGUGCAGACAUUCUCUAUGAUAACAUGGGUAGCUAAGCCUGCAGAUCUAAGUCCCCUGCACUGUGCACGGUAUGGAUGGGAGAAUGUUGAUAAUGAUAUUCUACGUUGUGUCACAUGUAAAGCAGUCCUCAGUGCAAAAUUACCUGAGAAUUAUGACCCAGAAAUAUAUGAAGAGUGCUGUGAGAAUAUUGGCCAGUCAAUAGUUCACUCCCACCAGCAGCUCUGUCCCUGGUCUGUCAAUCCUAGCCCCCUACACUUCGCAGCUAUACCCCUAGAGGACAAAACAGUAGCAGCAGAUCAGUAUCUGAACAGAUUCAAAUCUCUUAUACAAAUGGGAGAGAAGAUUCCAGCCUUGCAGCUUAACUCAUUAGUAAAGGAGGGAGGAGCAAAUAUGAAACAAAAACUGCUAGAAGCUACCAUGUCAAGCCUCAUAGAAGAAACAACCUCUUCAAAUGAGGAGAUAGUGGGAAACUGUGCAGUCCUGGCUUUAACUGGUUGGUGCAACAAUGGAACUCGAGACUCCCAGAUCAUCACCUGCAAGUACUGCUGCAGACACAUAGGCCUGUGGAGCUACAUUUCUGCUGGUUGUAAUAAUGCUCAAUCAACAACUGAGGACGAAGAUGAAGAUGGUCCUUCUAACAAACGUAUAAGAUCUGACAGGAAUCGAUGUCAAGAACUAUUUGACCCGAUAAAUGAACACAGAUUGUGGUGUCCUUGGGUUGCCAAACCUAGACAGCCCACUACCUCUCCAAGCAGUCUAUCAGAUUCUGGGGACCAAUCAUCGUUACAACAUAGCCUCAUAGACCAUCAUCUCUCUAUGAAAGGGUCAACACAAUGUGGCUGGAGGACUCUGGGAGAUAUUCUCCUUCCCUCAUGUACUUCUCCAUCUCUUUCUGAUGCCAAAACUAGUCCUGCUCAUGAAGGUUUGCGCAACAUUCGGAAGAUAUUAAAUCACUUGGCGGGAGAUGAGGCGAUGCACUGAGGUAGCGGCAUGAUGCAAUAUAGAAACUCUUCAAGAUAUGUGUUCUCCAGCUCAAAUGGGACUUACACCUUUAAUGUGAGAUUUCACUCAAUACUCAAUAAUGGAUGAUUGAGGUUCUUUUGCAGUUGGUGGAUUGAAUUAUCAGCCCAAAUAUAGAUUUGGCUCCUUUGUCUCAUAAUGAGACUGUGCUCAACAGCUAGUCCCAAGUUUACGAAGUAAGACACAUAGGAUAUUCCAUAUGGCCUAUACGACACACACACAUCAAUGAGAACUGAUUCAUUUACAAUUUUUACUGACUUUAUUUGACAAAUAUUAUUAAUCCUAUGAAUUCAGUACACAUAUAAUGAGAGGAAUAUGGAACAUAUCAUUGCAAAUAUCAAAAAGUGUUGACUGAGAUCAGAGAGAAACGAUGGAACGUUGAUCUAGAUUCUAGACCAGAUAAAUCAGAAGGGAUGUUAUGCAAUACAUGUUGUUUAAUUAUGCAAUACUUUGAUAAUGCAAUGUUAGCUUCAUUCAUGCAAGUCCUUUAUGUCAAAUGUUAUGCGACUUAUGAAAUGAACAAAAAAAUAUUAAGAUUCAAAAUGUCCAUUUCUUGGGGUGGAGGGGGGUAAUAUAGGUCUUAAAAAUACUUGUCCUUUCUCUGAUGUUCUCAAUCUAGAUGUAUAGAAUAGAAUGUAAGGUGCUUUUAUGUGAAUAUAUGCAGCUGCAAUAUCAAGUAUGCAUUGUACUAUUGAUUUACCCUGCAUUGCAUUGUAUAUCU